UGUGAUUAUCUCCACGCCCCAGGACAUUGCAUUGAUGGAUGCACAUAAGGGAGCUGAGAUGUUUCGAAAAGUCCAUGUGCCUGUUCUGGGCCUUAUCCAAAAUAUGAGUGUUUUCCAGUGUCCAAAAUGUAAACACAAAACUCAUAUUUUUGGUGCUGAUGGUGCAAGGAGACUAGCACGGACCCUUGAUCUUGAUAUUCUAGGAGACAUUCCCUUACAUCUUAAUAUACGGGAAGCUUCAGAUACAGGCCAGCCAAUUGUGUUUUCACAGCCUGAAAGUGAUGAGGCCAAAGCCUACCUGAGGAUUGCUACCGAAGUGGUAAGAAGAUUGCCACCACCUCCAGAGUGAUUCCCCAAGUGUCUUGGAAAUCCACCUGGUGCUUGACAGUAAGACCUUUGGAAAUCAGCAGUGUGGUGGUGAAAUCUACAGAAAUAAUAGCAAUCAUAGUUGUUUUCUUGUAUUUCUAAAGAAAUAAUGUCUUAUCUUCAAAUUUGACUUGCUAA